GUCAUCCGUGACAGAGACACCUUUUAAAAAUGGCGUUAUGUCUAAGUGAGAAGUAGGCGUAACGUCAACCUAUUAUCUAACAUUGGCAUUCUCAUUGAUUACAUCCUCUUGCGUGACCGCAACUGUGUAUUUCGGUGGUCUCGAAUGUCAAAUGAGGGUGAAAUGGCGACGCCGGAAUCCGAUCCUGCUAGCAAUCUUCGCCGCCGCAAGUUGGUCGAGUGUGCCCAAGAAAAAAUUGAGCAAGCCUCGGAACUGCUAAAAAAGAAGAUCCCUUGUGCCGGCCACUUCCUGGCCCCAAAACGACUCUGGUUGAAGCGAAUUUCGACGCCGAAUUGCGAUGUUGUUGUUGUUUUUCCGCCCGGUGCCGAGGAUUCAGUGUUGUUAUGGCUGCUGUCCAAGUUGAGACAGUCACCGGGGCUUACGGUACACGUAAGACAUCAUGCUUCCACUCAAAGCAGUGCAUUUUACCUCACAGCACCUUUGUCUAUUUUGCUCAAAGCUGCUGAAGAAUAUCAUCUUCCCAAAAUUUUAAAAGAGAGCAAAGGAGGUGGCUUGAAGGAGUUUCUAGUACAGGACUUCCAGUCAUAUGAGGGAUCAGACGCUGAGGAACAUUUUUUUACCACUGAGGAGAGACAGUGGUUGGUAUUGAGGCUUCUAGAAAGUAUAAGGGCGAAAACAAACGAUCGUGAAGCGAUUCCAGGGUUGACACUUCUCGAAGGACAACCCAUUGUCCCUAAAUGUUUGACUUCUGGAAUAAUCUCGCAGGUAUUUCCCCUACACGAACCCGCAGCCCUUGAACGUCUUCAAAACACAUGGGUUCGAGACUUCUGUGCCCGGCAGCCCCUAGAUGAAAUAACCGAAUAUUUCGGGGUCAAAAUUGGGAUGUAUUUCGCCUGGUUGGGCCAUUACACUACAGCAUUGAGCAUUCCGGCGAUCGUUGGAUUUUUAUUUUGGUUAUGUUGUAACGGCAAACACCAGACUUUGGAAGAUGUCGGCUACGUCUUGUUUUCAGUCUUCAAUGUGGUUUGGGUCACCACUUACCUCCAAGCCUGGAAACGGUACUCAGCUGAAUUGGCCUUCAGAUGGGGCACCUUGGAUCAGCGCGACGACCUCCUCGCCGAGCCUCGCCCUCUGUUCAGGGUUGCGCGACAUGUUAUGAUAUGUUCCCAGGGACCCCUCCAUACUAGUCCGGUGACCGGCCGUUUGGAACCCUGGCAUCCCACAUGGAAGAGACACGUUUUCAGAUAUUGCAUUUCGGUACCGAUUAUUGUCAUUUGUUUAUCAACCGUUUUCUUCGUCAUGAUUGUUUCAUUACAAAUUCAGGAUUGGUGGGACGGGUUGCUAAGUGCGAGGGGACUGCCCAUAUGGCUUGGGUAUCUCCCCAAAAUCAUGUUAGCUGUUGUUAUAUCGCUAAUGGACGAGGCCUACUUUAAAAUAGCCAUCUGGCUCAACGAUAAAGAGAACUACCGUCUUGAGACCAAGUACGAAAACCACCUCAUCGGCAAAGUGGCCUUGUUUCAAUUUGUCAAUUCGUUCCUUUCAUUAUUUUACAUCGCCUUUUAUUUACAAGAUCAAGCGCGCCUCAAGGAGCAAUUGGCUGCGUUAUUGAUAUCUCGACAAGUGAUUGGUAACCUAAAAGAGUCGGCCUUGCCGUACAUGCUUGAACACUUGCGAUUGGCUAAAAUGAGUUUUGAUUUGUGGGGCGCUUUAAGUCCACAAAAUGCCAGACCGCCACCUGGUGAGGAAGCCGAAAAAGUACCCGAAAUUAAAGAAGAACCGAGCGCCGAACAAGCAAACAAACGGAGCAUGAGUCAAGCCGAACUUGAGAGUUCUUUGUAUAAAUACGAUGGGACUUUUGCCGAUCAUUUGGAAAUGACAAUGCAAUUAGGAUACGUCAUCUUGUUCUCUUCUGCUUUUCCUCCAGCUGCGGUUUGCGCCUUGUUGAAUAAUUUGAUAGAAAUCAGGAGUGAUGCUUUCAAAUUGGCCUAUGUGUGUCAAAGGCCGUUUGGACAAAGAGUGCCAAAUAUCGGCACGUGGCAGAAUUGUAUGGAAUACAUGAGUAUAAUGGCGGUUUUGGUAAACUGUGCUCUGAUUGGUUUAUCAGGGCAAGUGCAUCGGAUGUUUCCAGAUAUGACCGCCACUCAGACGAUUCUGUUGAUCGUGGCCUUGGAACAUAUCAUGCUUGUUAUCAGAUUCAUCAUCACGUGUGCUAUUCCGGACAUUCCCGGUUGGUUGGCCACUGAAAUGGCCAAAAUCGAGUGGGCUCGACGGGAAGCCAGCCGAAUGGCUAACACGUCGACGCCUUCACCGGAAGAAUUAUCAGCGAAAAUAGUCGGGAGAUUUUCAGUGUCGCCGAGUCACAGUCUGGUUGCCGGCAAUGAAAACAAACUUGAUAUAAAACUGCGUGAGAUGACCGAUACUUUGAAGGAAACAACACAUUCGCAAAAUGUAACGCCGGUACCGACUCCCACUUCACCAGCGCCCAGCACAACUCAUCCCAAACCCGUCUCUAUAACACCUGAUAGUAUCCAACAAAUUCCACCGUUCAAGCCGAGGAAAUCAAAAGAGUGGGCCCCAGCUGAGGUACCCCCCGAACAGACGCAUCAUUUGACCAUCGGGCCUGGAGGCGGUGCCGAAUGGGCCAAACGCCUUAAGGAGGAAUCCGAUAUACAUCGAAGUACUGACUGUAUCACCCCCAAGGACGCCUCUAGUUCCGAUUCGGACCUGUUGAAAAGCAGUCCCGUGUGGCCUCCGCGCCCACGAUCCCCUCCCCAGCCGCCUAACCGGGCUCGCCCCGCCCCUGCUGACUCCUCCCUCAGCGAUAGCGCUCGCAGCGUGUCGAGUCAGGAGGCGGAUGAGGCAGCUCGUGCGGCUGAAGAACUAGCAGCAAAGAAAACGAGAGUGAAGCAAAGCCUAAUGAAACGGGCCCGUUCUGUGGCUAUUUUCUCGUUGAAGUUGAAAGAGCGUCGAGCUAGGGAGGCGCAAGAGAAGGCGGCGAACAAGCCGGUGACUCCCACGGCACCACUGCCGCCCCCACAAUGUGGAGGCGGCGAAUUGUCAUGCAUACCCAUCGAAAAGCUCAUUCAACUGGAAGAUGUGAGACGUAACGUACGGCCUAAUCAAAGCGGAACUUUGUAGCAACUUUGCUCGCAUUCUUCCUACUCAGUCGUCGUGUAAGCAUUAUUCUUUGUUUAAGAAAUGAAAAGUAGAAUUUCUGUUUUAUCGACACGAACUUGCAUGUUUUUCAAUUUCAUUCGGGUGAAAGAGUAUUCCGUGAAUCGAGCAAUAAUAGUUUAAAACGUUUAAAAAUCAAACAGAUUACAAUGCCGAUUUUUAAACGAUGGUAAGCUGAUUUUUAGAUAUUUAAACUUUAAUGUUAAUAGUUACAUAAGAUUGUUUUUAAAUUAUUUUUUAUAAUCUGUAGAUUGUGUGUUAUCCUCACGUAGCGGUAAGACUGUAACAAUUAAUAAUUAGUGAAUAGAUCGGCUGGAUUUUUGCUUGGUUGCGUAGCCGCUGUAGUUUCGUUGGGUUCAUUGUAGACACCCUACAAUCCUUUGAUUAUAGUUUCUAUAUUUUGGCCACAUUUAGAGUAAUGUUCGUCCAGUAUGUUGUAUUGCAUUGCCUUCUGACGCGGCCAGUGUAACCCCACGAAGUGUAUAAAAUAACUACCGGAGCAACCCUAGCCUUCACCUAGUAUUUGUUUAGUCUGCCGUCCGCUUUGUCCCGGCUAAAGCCUCAAAUUAACGAACCCGUCUAAAACGGUCGCCAUUUUAUACCAGUUAUAGUACACCUGGCCCACUAUUUUUUUUAUGUAGCGCUUAUCAAGUCUCAAUAGUGGAAACUAACAAUAAGACUGCAAAUAUUUUUGAGAUUUAGUACGAAAAAAUGCCUUGGUAUUAUUGUUAUUAGUUCGAUUUUUAGCCAGAUUUUAAUAAUGUGAUUAUCCACAGCAUUAAAAACAAAUAAAAAAAAUUGACAAAUUCUGUGCUUGUCGAACUUUCAUGUUGCUUAAAUGUUAAGCUUGUUGACUAUGUAUUUAAUAAAAAUAAAUAAGUGUUUAUUAAA